AUUGCGGCAAAUAUCACUUAAAACUGAGGUCACGAAACAGUUACUUUUAAGAGAAAUCGGUUCACUUUCUUGUGGUUUUUUUAAUUUUAUUUAUAAACAAUUAGAUAACCUUAAAAAUAGGUUAGAUUAAUUAUUAAAAGAAGAAAAUAAGCGGAUAAUAACGACUCUGUAUACAGCGGCACUUGCAACUAACUUCAUUAAUGUUGAUAUUAAACAUAACCUUAAAUUAUUGUCUGGUGGUUUGAGUCCCGUUAUUUUGUAUGUUUUAAAAUGAAUAAACCAGAAUUAGAAGGAACCGCUCAUCUUUUAGAUGAAUUAGACAAAAAACUCAUGGUUUUACUUAGAGAUGGAAGAACUUUAAUCGGUUAUCUCCGAAGUGUUGAUCAAUUUGCAAAUCUCGUUUUACACAGAACGAUCGAAAGGAUACACGUUGGGAAAGAAUAUGGGGACAUUCCCCGUGGUGUUUUUAUAGUACGAGGUGAAAAUGUGGUACUUUUAGGUGAAAUUGAUACCGAAAAAGAGGGGGAAUUACCACUAAGUGAGGUGUCUGUGGAGGAUAUUUUAGAUGCUCAAAGAAAAGAGCAAGAACAAAAACAGGAUCAACAAAAAAAAAUUGCUAAAGCUUUACAAGAAAGGGGGAUGCAUUUUAUGAGCGAUAUUAACCAAGAGGAUAUGUAUUAAGUUGUAUAAUAUAAAGGCAAAGUUUGAAGAAGUUGGUUAUUACGCAUAAAAUUGUUUUUUUUUUAGGUUAGGACGAAUUCUUUUGAUGUUUAAGAAUAAAAUAAUAAU